UUUAUUUUUGUGUGUAGGGCUCUCACUUCAGUGCAUCCAAAUAAAGAGUCAAUCGUCAUAUUAAACCAUAUCUUUUUUCCCCACUGAUAUGAAAUGCCACCUUUAUCAUCUGUUAUAGUCGCAUAUAUACACUAUUAUAAGGUGUAAUAGAUACUGAAUGGCAAAUAAGAUAUCUUAGAAUUCUUCAAGCUUAAGAGGAUACAGCUACUGAGAGGAUAGGUUUCAGUAUCAACACAGAUAUUUAUGCAUGGACAGAAAAAGAUGUCUGUAUGCUUAGCUGUCAAAUAGAGAGAGACUGGGGGAGGGUCAAAUGCACUACAUGAUAUCACAAGGAGUGAUAGAAUUCUAUUUGGAACUUCAGAGGCCUGAGAGGAAGACUCUGGCCAGUUUCUUCUGAAGACUACUGCACUCUGAGGCCUCAUUCACUGGCUUCUUUGGAUCCCUGGCUGCUAAGCCAAUUUUCAGACAAAGCUACCUUGGAAAGAGCCAAGGAAAAAGCCAUCUCCCCUUGGCCGAGUGAGCUAGGAGAACAGCUAAGUGGCCCUCAGGAGACUCCAUGGACUCUCCCCAGAAUCUGCUGAGCAUUGGAUUUCUGCUGUGCUCUCUGGCUUGCCUCCUGGAGACUGUAGGUUCCUCAACAUCGCCUUUAUCUGCCUUUGGAGUAGAAGGCAAAGCAGGAUCAAAACUACGCUCAAUGGAAAAUCACAGAUCCUGGCUGAGCAACUUCAGGGAGUACUUGGGGGAUCUCAUCAAGAGCUCCGUACCUCCAGCAGCCAUUUUUGCUUUGCUUGUCAUCACAGCACUGAUGGGGACCCUCUGCUGCCUCACGUAAGCUGCUGUGUGGCAUGAGGAGAGGGGAGGAUAGAGGGAACCUGAGGGAGAGACAGGAACAAUCAGGUUCCCUACCAGCCUGCACAUCUGUAAUUAAGGGAAAGUUUCUUUUUUUUUUGAGGAAGACUAGCCCUGAGCUA